GAACUGGAGGAGAGGGAGAGGAGGGAGGGCAAGAAAAUGGCAGAUGAAGAGGCUCUGAGAAAGAUCCGUUCUGUGGAGGAGCAGAUCGACAUUCUCAACAAGAAGUUGUCCAUAGCCAAGCAGGAGGAAGACGCUCUGCUGAGCGAGAUGGACGUGACAGGCCAGGCCUUCGAAGACAUGCAGGAGCAGAACAUCCGCCUCAUGCAGCAGCUCAGAGAAAAAGACGACGCCAACUUCAAGCUGAUGAGUGAACGGAUCAAAUCCAACCAGAUCCACAAGCUUCUCAAAGAGGAGAAGGAAGAGCUGGCGGACCAGCUUCUCACUUUAAAAACUCAGGUGGACGCACAGCUGCAGGUGGUGAGGAAGCUUGAGGAGAAGGAGCGCCUCCUACAGGGCACCAUCAGCGCUGCUGAGAGAGAGCUGACCCUCAGGACGCAAGCAUUAGACAUGAACAAACGCAAGGCUCAGGAGUCGGCCAUGACGUCGGAGGAGCUCCGAGGGCAGCUGGAGCAGGUUCAGCAGAAGCUGAAACUGGUCAGAGAGGAGGUUGUAGAGAACAGCAUCUCCAGGGAAAAAGAGUCGUUCAACGCCCGCCGAGCUCAG